AUGGAUGCAAACGUCCCCAAAGAUCGGAUGAUGAAAUAUCCGUACACUUGGACAGCUAAAUUGCAAAUGUUUCCUUACAAAUAUUAUUGGAAACACGCUUGGAUGACCAAGUACUGGUGCAUUGGACUUCUUUGCACUGUACCAAUUUACUGGAAAAUUGGAAGAAUGGUAAACUCACCUGAAAAUGUUGAAAAAUGGCGUGAGAUCAGAAGGAAAGAAUUUUCGGGCGAAAGCCAUUAA